AUGGAAAUGGGGAUUAUCUUUCUCCUACAGACUGGAGCAGGCAUCCUGGGAAACUCUUCUCUCCUUUGUCAUUAUAACUUCAAUUUGCUCACUGGACAAAAAAUAAGACCCACAGAUCUGAUUCUUGGCCAUUUGGUCUUAGUCAACAACUUGGCUCUUUUCUCUAGAGGGAUCCCUCAGACAAUGGCAGCCCUUGGAUGGAAGUAUUUCCUGGAUGAUUCUGGAUGUAAAGUUGUUUUAUAUUUGCACAGAGUAACCAGAGGAGUUUCUCUUAACAUCACCUGUUUUUUGAAUGGCUUCCAGGCCACAAAGCUUUGCUCUGGAAACUCUUGGUUGAAGUUCAGAAAUAGAUUCACAAAAUACUUCUGUCUUUAUGGUUUCUUUUUCUGGAUCCUGCAACUCUUAGUAAAUGUCUAUAUUCCUAUAAGAGUUACUGGACCAAGACAUAGCCAAAAUAUAAGUUGGGCCAGUGGCUCCAUGGUCCUUGUCCUGCACAGACACAAGCAGCAAGACCAACACAUUCACAGCCACAGACUCUCCUUCAGACAUGAGUCCAGAGCCACGUGUACCAUCCUGAUCCUGGUGAGCAUGUUUGGACUCUUUUGCUGUCUCUCUUCUGUGUUGACAGUUUGUGUUGCUCUAAAAGCAAAUCCAAGCCAGUGGCUAGGGGACAAUUGUGUGUUCCUGGCUGCAUGUUUCCCAGCACUCAGCCCCUUUGUCCUCAUCAGCAGUGAUACCCGUGUCUCUCAGAUCUUUGUUUUCUGCA